GACUCAAUAGAGCUAUGGCGGGUUUGACUGUGAGAGACCCAGCGGUGGAUCGUUCUCUACGUUCUGUGUUCGGUGAGAGGAAUUCGUUGGAGCCAAGCUUCGGGGAGGGACUCCCCUCUGCACCUCCUAUCUCAUGAAUCGCUACCGGAGCCGCUGACGGUUCGGACAUGCAGUUCUCCCUGCCUAUCCUGUAGGGCGUCCAACCUGGUGGACUCGUGAGCAAAGAGAUGUUCCCAUUCUGCCGAGUGGGGAACAUUCCUUAUGAAGCUACUGAAGAACAGUUGAAGGACAUCUUUUCUGAGGUUGGACCUGUUGUUAGUUUCAGAUUGGUAUAUGAUAGAGAGACAGGAAAGCCAAAGGGUUAUGGCUUCUGUGAAUACCAAGACCAAGAGACAGCACUUAGUGCCAUGCGGAACCUGAAUGGGCGUGAAUUCAGUGGGAGAGCACUUCGAGUGGACAAUGCUGCCAGUGAAAAGAACAAAGAAGAGCUGAAGAGCCUUGGCACUGGUGCCCCUGUCAUUGAGUCACCUUAUGGAGAGACCAUCAGUCCUGAGGAUGCCCCUGAGUCCAUUAGCAAAGCAGUUGCCAGCCUUCCACCAGAGCAGAUGUUUGAGCUGAUGAAACAAAUGAAGCUCUGUGUCCAGAAUAGUCCCCAGGAGGCACGGAACAUGUUGCUUCAGAACCCUCAACUGGCUUAUGCUUUGCUGCAAGCACAGGUAGUGAUGAGAAUUGUGGAUCCGGAAAUUGCCCUGAAAAUUCUGCAUCGCCAGACAAAUAUCCCAACGCUGAUUGCAGGCAACCCUCAGCCAGUCCAUGGUGCUGGGCCUGGGUCAGGAUCCAAUGUGUCAAUGAACCAGCAGAAUCCUCAGGCCCCUCAGGCCCAGUCUUUGGGUGGAAUGCAUGUCAAUGGCGCACCUCCUCUGAUGCAAGCUUCUAUGCAGGGUGGAGUUCCAGCACCAGGGCAAAUACCAACCGCUGUCACAGGACCUGGCCCUGGUUCCUUAGCUCCUGGAGGAGGAAUGCAGGCUCAGGUUGGAAUGCCAGGAAGUGGACCAGUGUCCAUGGAACGGGGACAAGGAACCCUACAGCACUCGCCCGUGGGACCUGCCGGGCCUGCAUCAAUUGAGCGAGUUCAAGUGCCGAUGCAAGACCCCAGAGCAGCUAUGCAGCGGGGAUCCUUGCCUGCCAACGUCCCAACCCCUCGAGGCUUGUUAGGAGAUGCUCCGAAUGAUCCACGGGGAGGCACUUUACUUUCUGUAACUGGAGAGGUAGAACCUAGAGGUUACUUGGGACCACCUCAUCAAGGUCCACCCAUGCACCAUGUCCCUGGCCAUGAGAGCCGAGGACCACCCCCACAUGAGCUGAGGGGAGGGCCAUUACCCGAACCCAGACCUCUAAUGGCAGAACCAAGAGGACCCAUGCUAGAUCAGAGGGGUCCACCGUUGGAUGGCAGAGGUGGAAGGGAUCCCCGAGGAAUAGAUGCACGAGGGAUGGAGGCCCGAGCCAUGGAGGCAAGAGGGUUAGAUGCCAGAGGACUGGAGGCCCGUGCAAUGGAGGCCCGUGCAAUGGAAGCUCGUGCGAUGGAGGCCCGAGCGAUGGAGGCCCGUGCGAUGGAAGUCCGAGGGAUGGAGGCCAGAGGCAUGGAUACCAGGGGCCCAGUGCCUGGCCCUAGAGGACCUAUACCUAGUGGAAUGCAGGGUCCCAGUCCAAUUAACAUGGGGGCAGUUGUACCCCAGGGAUCCAGACAGGUCCCAGUCAUGCAGGGAACAGGCAUGCAAGGAGCGAGUAUACAGGGUGGAAGCCAGCCCGGCGGCUUUAGUCCUGGACAGAACCAAGUCACUCCACAGGAUCAUGAGAAGGCUGCUUUGAUUAUGCAGGUUCUACAACUGACUGCAGACCAGAUUGCCAUGUUGCCUCCUGAGCAAAGGCAGAGUAUCCUGAUUUUAAAGGAACAAAUACAGAAAUCCACUGGAGCACCUUGAUAGGUUUUCAAAAAUACCUGGCAAGAAAUCUGGAAAUUCUAUAAUUUUGUUGAAAUAUUGAAAAACGAUGACCUGCAUCCUAACCCUUGAAUGACUCAAAUCAGUGCCAGGUGGAGGACUCCCAUCACCUUCUCUCAGAACAGAAUCACUUCAUUUUAUUGUCUUAGUUUGUAUAUUUUCUGUGACUUGAAAUAAACUUUGAACACAAUUUUAGUACACUGCAAA